AUGUAUGAUGGUGAGCAUGGCCCGAAUGGACCGAUGGGAGAGCACAAGCCCAGCGAGGAAUGCCGAGCAUUCGUCGAAGAGAACUGCGAGUGUGAGAUCGCCAUUGACACGGAGGGGGCAAAGGAGGGCGAUGCCAAGGAACACCCAGAGAAAGACGUGCAGAAGCACACAGGUGGAUCCGCCAGAGGCCAUGGAAAGCCUGUGCCCCAUGGAGGUCACGGAGGGCCAAAAAAUGAUAGUGAGGUCUCUGAGUGUGUGCAUGAAUGCAUCGAGAGCCUGGAUACUGAUGGUGUGUGUAAGCGUGAAGGAAAAGGCAGAAAGAACGGGAACAUGACCGUGGUUGACCAAGAGAUGUACGAUGGUGAGCAUGGCCUGAAUGGAUCGAGGGGAGAGCAUAAGCCCACUGAGGAAUGCCGAACAUUCGUCGAAGAGAGCUGCGAAUGCGAGAUCGCUAUUGACAUAAAGGAGACAAAGGAGGGCGAUGCCAAGGAGCACUCUGAGAAAGACGUGCAGAAGAACACAGGUGGAUCCGCCAGAGGCCAUGGAAAGCCUGUGCCCCAUGGAGGUCACGGGGGACCACGCAAGGGUGGAGAGUUCUCUGAGUGUGUGCAUGAAUGUAUUCGGAGCCUGGAUACUGAUGGUGUGUGUAAGCGUGAGGAGAGGGAACAAGCUGAGGCGGUCGAUUCGGAAUAGAUUCACGGUCUUCAACUGACUUGCUGGUUCCUUCGUAAUACGUGGAGAAUUGCUUCAGCAUUGAGUGGGGUCGCACCCACUACCCAAUAUUGAUGUUCGUUUUAGCUACUCCCAUCAUGUGUAUAAUUAAAUCCAACAAAACAAAGACUUGUUUUAAUCUUCUGGAGGAAUCAAAGCCAACAAAAUCAAACUGG